GCAGGGAAGGGAAGAAGCAAACGCCAUAGCUGCGCUUUACUUCAAGCGCAGCUUUUUCGGAGACCAUGGAGAUGGCGGACGAAUCCGUGGGGAGAGAACUGGUAGACGAAAAUGCGGCAGCAGCAGUAGCAGCAGGAGCAGUAGCAGCAGCAGUAGCAGCAGCAGCAGCAGCAGCAGCAGCAGCAGCAAGGGUAGCAGACCCGUCUCCUGAAGAUGAAGCCGAGGCGAUCGGCGAGCUGGAGCCGUCGGAUCUCUCGCCGGGUUCUGAUCUUGUCCGCCCUUCCAGAGCGUCCGAUUUGUCGCCAGGUUUGAACGCCAUCCGUCCUUUGACAGCCGUCGAUGGGGACGGCAUCAGCGAGUGGCUGCUGCCUGCGGUUCUGCUCACGGGGCCGACAGCGUCGAGCGAGAAUUCUGCUUCACUCGAUGAGAGAUCGGAGGUGGAGGGAGCGAGGGUAAAUGAAAGUGCUUCGGCAGCGGCAGGAGGAGAAGAAGGCUUGGGCGACGCAGACGGCUCGGGCGAAGUGAAAGGCUCUCGCGAAGCGGAGGGCUUGCGCAAACCAGAAGACUCCGGUGAAGCAGUGCAGAUUGGCAAGGAGAAGGAGAAGGAGAAGCAGCCAUCGGAAUUGCCGACGGAUUUGAAUGCGAAGAUCGUCUCUUCUUGCGGACCCGUGGGAGAGAAUCCGAGCACGGAGCAGACACCUGUCGAUGUGGUCCCGACGGCUGUCGUUGGGAGAGAGGAUUCCACGUCAGACGCAGUCGAUGGGAGGGGCGAUUCUACUUCAGUGGUGGGCGUUGGGAGGGAUGAUUCUACUUCAGGCAUGGGGCAGGAGCAGCCUCUACCUGGCUGCAUCAUCACCGACGUCUUUCUCAUUGAUGCAAACCGAUCGAAAUUCUUCUUGAAGCAAAAGUUAAAAAAAGGGACACCAGAAGACUUAGAGAGCAGAGAGCUGGAUAUGAAAGAGGAAGGCCAACAAGAUGAGGCAUUGCAUCCGUGUUCAGAGGCACAGAGUGGUGUUUGGGACCGAGAUGAUCAGAGUCCUGGCUUCCCCUUUGCCCCAGAGGAUCUUGAAAUGAGUGUUGAAAUGCAAGCUCUGGGUUUACCCUCGGCGUUUACUGCCAGUCAAAUGAAGCAAACCGAGAGAAAGAAAUGCCCAAAAAAGAAGGCAAAAAAGAAGUCCAGGAGCAAGAAGCUGGAAAGGCCAAACAUGUUAGCAUCACCAAAUGCGGAGGACACAACAGCGGUCGCUUGUAGCCAUUCAGAUGAGUUUCCGGAAUGGACUAAUGCGAGUGCUGAUUUCAUGGAGCGUUUUACCACGGAGGCCAUUGAAGACCAGACUGUUCUGGAUGGCAGGCAUCUUCCUCGUGGAGAAGGCUUUCUAAAUCCAGUGGAUCCCGCUGUGACAGAGGACCUUUGUGCAAGGGGGAUGCCAUUCGAGACCCAUCCCAGUUCUGCACCCACUCGACCAGUGGACAAGGCCUGUGAAGAAACAGAGAAUAGUGAUGACGGACAAGUCAAGUGUGAUGAUGAGCUCAGUGGUGAUGCUCUACCCAGAGAAGGUGGUGUGGCUACUGAAGUGCUGUCCGGAAAGUGCAUUGCUUCUGCUGCUGCUGUGGAUAAAGAGAGCACAUACUCACUACUUGAUGGGCCUGUUAGUGGAACGUCUCUGGCUGGUACUUCAUCAGUCGAGCUAAUCACUGAACGACAGGAUCUGACCGUAAGUGGGAGAGACGAGGAGGGUGCCCGAUCCCUGGACACUGGCAAGGCUGUCGUCUCGAAAAAAAAUGGGCUUGAUGAAUGUUUUGCUCAUACGGAAAGGGAGGGAAGCAUCGAUGAUGGGAAUGAGGCGAGGUUGGCAGGACAAGGUCAUCCGUCAGAUGAUGCCGUGCAACAGAGGAAGAACACAUGGGAGGCUGUCUUCGAUUCAGAAAGUGGUUACUAUUACUUCUACGAUACAGAUACAUGGGAAACAACGUGGGAAGCUCCUCCUGGUUUUGAGUCGUAUGCAUUAGGGAGGAGUUUGCAAAACCAUGGCCAUGAGAAGGAGGGUCGUGAGCUGCCUGAGCAUGCCGACAAUCAUACCCAGCAACAUACUCUCGAUCAUGUGGUGACCGAGUCUUCCAUGUCAAAUUCAUCAGGUUGUAUUGCAGUUGGACCUGAACAUGGGCAAUCUGUGUCCGGGCAGGGGCCAGUUUACCCUUGUACAGAUAACAAAGUCAAAUGCAAGGACAGAAACACCAGUGAUGUCAGCGCUGAGUUAACGCACAGUGGCGAGCAGACGAGUGAUGCUACUGUGGAAGUGGAGGGUGUCGAUGCAAGUAACCUUCUCGGGAAGGGGAAGACCAGUGAAGUUGGUUUUGGAGGUGUGAAUGGAAUCUCAUGCAAGGAUCACCAUCUCCAACUGGAAGACGGGAGCCCGAAGGAUGGUAGUGAUGAGCGGAGAACUGAUGUGCCAGUGCAGCAGCCAAGUGACACGGAAACGAAGGGGGCUGUCCCAUGUGUGAAUGAUGUGUGGGAGACGGAGCAGAUGGUGGAUGUUUUGACAAGAGAAGACGAUGCAAGGAGCAUUCCCAAGAAGGGUGAGGCCAGUGAGGUCAGUUUUGGUUGUCUGCAUGGAACCCCAACUCCAGAUCGUCAUCUCCAACGGGCAGACAGGAACCCCAAAGAUACAAGUCAUGAGGGAAGAAAUGAUGGGCUAGUGCAGCAGCCAAAUGACAUGGAAAUGGAGGAGACUCUCUCAUGUGUGAAUGCUGUGUGGGAGAAGGGGCAGGAGAUCGAUGGUGUUGCUUUGAAAAGGGAAGAUGAUGCAAGUAGCAUGCCUAAGAAGGGGGACCCCGGUGAGGUGAAUUUGAGAAGUCUGCAUGUAUUCUCAUCGACUGAUCACCGUCUCCAACUGGAAGACAGGAACUCCGAGGAUGCUAGUGACAAGGUAAAUGGUGGGUCAGUGCAGCAGUCAAAUGGCACAGAAGUGGAGGAGACUCUCCGAUUUGGGAGUGCUGUGCAGGAGACCGGGCAGGGUUUGAAUAGAGAAGGUGGUGGAAGUAGCGUGCCCAAGAAAGGGGAGACCAAUGAUUCUGGUAUUAGUUGUGUGCAUGGAAUGUCAUCUAUGGAUCACGAUCUCCAACUGGAUGACAGGAAUCCCAAGGAUGCUAGCGACAAGGGGAGAAAUGAUAAGCCGGCGUCCGGUGUAGAGGAUCCAAAUGACAAGGAAAUGGAGAUUCUCCCAUGUGUGCAUGCUGUGUGGGAGAAGGGUCAGGAGGCCAAUGCUGUUUUGGAAAGGGAGGUCGAUGCAAAUAGCAUGCACAACAAGGGGAAGACCGGUGAAGUUGGUCAUGGAAGUCUGCAUGGAAUCUCAUCUACAAAGGAUGCCAGCGACGACGGGAUGAUUGAUGAGGGAGUUUUCACAGUGCAGCAGCCAAAGGACACAAAAAUAAAGGAGCCUAUGUUAUGUGUGAAUGGUGCGUGGGAGAUUGGGCCGGCGGCUGAUGUAGAAGUCGAAACGUCUCACGAUUUUGCUGAGGAAAGAGAUGCUCAUCAUGGCGAAAACAGGGAGCAAGAACAGGCUGAUGGCAUGGCUGCAGCGUUGCCAUGUUGUUCUUUAGAGGCGACUGAAAUGACAGGUUGGACAUCAUCUGUUGGAAAUGCAGCUGUUGACGUUGAUGAAAGACCAGACACUGGUGUUGUGGAGGCGCUUGCAGCAGCCAUGUCUACCCCUGCUGAGGCACUUGCAGCAGCCAUUUCUACCCCUGCUGAGGAUCCUUCAGAUAAGGAGGAGAACAUGCUCAAAUUCAGUGAAUUGGCUCAACAAACCCAUGCUGGGAUGGAGGGCUGCAAAGUUUGGCAAGAUAAGAAAGCAGGAUCUGCUACUGGGGUUGCACCUUACGGCGAUGAUGUGAUGGCUAGUUCUGAGGGGGAUUUUGCGCCUGGCUGCGAUGCGGGUCACAGUGAAAGGGUUGUGCCUUGCAAUGAUGAUGUGAUGGCUGGUUCUAAUGAAGGUGUUGAACUUUCCCGGAAGGUGCAGAUUGAGCUCCCAAGUCCUGUCAACUAUCCUGCGAUGGUGAUACCAAAGAGUCUCAUGAGUAUGAGUGAAUGUUCUGGAAUGAGACCUGAUGGCGAGCAGAGUGACAAGUGGUGUGUUGAGGAGGAAAAUGACCAAGUCACAUGUCUGGCCUCUCCAGUGGGUUCGGGCUGUUCCCUGUUCCCAGCCUCAGGACACAGCCUCAAAGGAGUUCCUCAGCCGUCAGGCACUCAUGUUCGAUUUGAAGACACUGAAUCAAGUUCAUGUGAUGAUGAGGUUGAGGAAGAAAGACCAAGCCAAGUCAAACGUCCAAAGGCCAAUCAUUUCACAGAGUGCCUGCCGGUGCGGGAGAGUUCUUGUCCCAACUACUCAGAAAAGAUAAGUUCUGCCGCUCUGCACCUGAUGGCAGAUGUUGCGGGUGCGGGCUUGACUUCGUCUCCUUUUGACCUUUCUGAUGGCGAUGUUUCAUUACUUGGCACUUUGUAUCCUCGGCCUUGUGUGCUUCCGAAAACGAAUGCGCUGCUAAAUGCUUGUGCUAGAUUUAUUGAUAAUGUUUCACUUGUUGACCAAGGAGUCCAGCAGAUGGGGCAGCCCGAAGAAAACGGGUAUGUAUGGCAGAAGGGUAACCAUGACGAACAGGCCGGUGAAGGGUGUGGGAUAAUGAGUCCGGGACGUCCUGUCCCCUCUCUCCAGAAAGUUGCAUCGGUUGCCAGGGGGAAUGGUGCUACGUUGCAGUUCGAUUAUGGGUUCAUCCCUCAUCAGGGGUCCUUAUCUUCAUCUUUCCUUUCCAUGGAAAAUCAGACUAUAUCAUUUGGAUCAAAGAACGUGAAUGCAGGGACAGGAGGAUUAAAACAGGUCGUAAUCACUGCUGAUCAGAAGCUGAAGGUCGCUAACAGCCGACAAAUGUGUUUGAUGUCUGAUGCUGCCAGGGAGGAGGAAGGAGGGGAUGACUGUGGAGUGGCAGCAGUAGAGACUAAGGAGAGGAAGCACCGGCCUGCUAGAGCAGGUCCUUCAGCAAGAGCUGCAUUACCGAAGGCUGCCUGGAAGUACUGGACAAACCGAUACAGCCUCUUCUCUCUUUUCGACCAUGGCGUGCUGCUUGACACAGAGGGUUGGUUUUCUGUAACACCAGAAGUGGUUGCUGCCCACCAUGCAAAGAGGUGUACCACGGGAAUCGUCGUGGAUGCAUUUGCCGGAGUCGGUGGUAAUGCUAUCCAAUUUGCAAUGACAUGCUCAAGAGUAAUUGCUAUUGAUAUCGACCCAGCGAAGAUCCAGCUCGCCCAGCAUAAUGCUUCUGUCUAUGGAGUUGAAGAACGUAUUGAAUUCAUUGUUGGAGAUUUUCUGCAGCUGGCACCUGAUCUGAAGGCUGAUAUUGUGUUCAUGUCUCCACCGUGGGGAGGUCCAUCAUACUCUCAAGUUGAGACAUAUGAUUUGCAGACAAUGUUGAAGCCGUUGCCAUUGACAUCUCUCUUCCAGGCGGCGAGUAAAAUCACCAACCACCUUGUGUUCUUUCUGCCACGCAAUGCAGACUUCUCUCAGCUGUCCGACAUUGCAUGUUCUCAAUCGCCUCCUGUGAUAUGUGAGAUUGAGAAGAACUACCUGAAUGCCAAGCUGCUUGCUGUCACUGUCUAUUUCGGCAGAUUCGGUCCAUCUGGCUAGGCUACCAUUCGAGCUAUCACCUGUGUGCUCCACCUGCGCUUAAACUGGUCCUGACCAUUGUGCCUACCGUGCUUAUCCCACGGCCUCAGCUUUUUUAGCUGUUCGACUGGAUGGGCAAUCCGGCCAUGGCUGGUCUUUCUACCACAGCUGCUGGCCCGAUUUUUCAGGAGUCACUACUGUUGGUUUAAGAUUUGGAUGAAGAAGCGUUGCAAGAUUGUUCACGUGGUUCUCUGUUUCUUUUCCCGGCGGCCCUUCUAAAGAGUCUGGAAAACGGUAGGUUGCAGUUGUUUCCUUGUGGAUAUGUUCAUAGCCUGUAUGCAAAGGGAUGAUGAUGGGCCAUCUGGGAGUCGCUUACCUUUUUUUCUCCUCCUGCUCGGAUUUUCUUAUCGAGUGUUGUAUCAUCAUAGUCCUGUUCCUUGUGUGUUAUUUCCAUCUGCAAUGUCGCAGCUUGUUUUCCCACAUCCGAUGUCGCUUCUUGGUUGGAGUCCAGAGUUGUUCAUUCCAGAGAGAUGAAGGAUAAGCUAGUGCAAUCGUCGUAGACAGGAGACUGCCCACCCACUCAGCAGAACUACGGGUAUGUGACGGAUCUCACAUAUCUUCUUCGAUGACCUCCUAUCCCCAGCUCCACAUGGCCGAAUGGCUGCACUGUUUGUUGGCUUCACUUCAAUCUCACAGGAGAAGGGAGGGAGGGAGCUCUUCAGUUGUGAACACCUGUUGCACUUGGGUCAAGGCAGUCAACCCGAAACCCGCUUCGCCUCAGGUCGAAAACUUCAAUCCCAGUCGGCCUGGCAGGCAGGUACCGCCGGCGUGGACUCGUCAGGUGCAGUCUCGCAGUGGAAGGAUGGAGUGACGUCCAGUUGUCAUCGGCAGUCUCAUUUCCUCGACGUUCUCAACUCCAGCUCCACCUGGCCAAAGGUUGUUAACUCCGAUCCCGUGGGCUCACUCGU